AACAUAUUUUUUCCUUUCCUUAAUAAACAGUGAGGGGCAAAGAACGAAGUUUUAGAGAUCUAGGGUUUCUGGAUUUUCGCCAAAUUCGUUCCUUUUAAAUGUACUGGUCAACAACUGCUUACUUCGACAAGUAGUGUCGCCCCAAUAUCACACUAUGGCUCAACAAAAUGAACCGAACCAGACCCUUGACCCUGCUACUGCUCCUGUAAAGCGCAAACGCGGUCGCCCUCGUAAAGAGGAUGUCCCAGGCCCAGCAAUUGAAGCCGGUGGAAGAACACAAAGGCGAAGACGUAACCAACAACCUGAUACAGGUCCAGGUCUAGUAGGACAGCCAGUUUCUGGUGUUCUUGAUGGAGUAUUUGAUGCGGGAUUUCUGUUAACAGUUAGAGUGGGAGACAAUGGACCUCUUUUAAAAGGAAUGGUGUUUGAUUCAAGGCUCUCUGUUCCUGUUACAGCUGCUAAUGAUGUUGCUCCUCACAUAAAGAUGUCAAAGAGAGAUGAAAUUCCAAUUCCUGUGCUCACUUGUGGAAAAUAA